AUGACUAAAGCCAGAGACGAAAAGAGUGAAGUGUUUGAAGAAGUCUCUGAAGUAGGUGGUAAGGUCGAAAGCCGAAGGCCAAGGAAAGAAACAUUCUACAGAAAAAGAACAAAAAUAGAUUUUGAGAGCAUGUGCUCUGACGAUGUGGAGAGACUGAUAGGGAACGUAGAUAUCCUAAAGGACGAAGAUGCCGACGAUAGAUACACGGCUCUCAACAGAUCGUUUCUUAUUUCGUGCAUGGCAUUGAAGGAUCAUGAAGCAAGCUUAUCGCCGCUGUUUUCCCAAUACAAGAAGUUUUUAGCCUUUAUCAAAAGAUCUGAUGAUUCAACUGGAGAUCCAAAAGGCGAAGGCGUUGGUAUGUUUAGUUUUUCACUGUACGACUUCGGGCCUUUUGAAGAGGAAAGGGUGCCCGGGGAUAGAAACAACAGUCAGCACAAAUGCUCUCAAGGGGAAAUAUACAAGUUCCUGACAAGGUAUUUUGGAGUGGAGUGCCCAAACGCAGGGACAACGACGAGUUCAUGA